CAUUGUCAAAAUGAAAUUCGUACUAAUUCUUUCGUUGGCAAUAAUUGUUUGCGCCUCACAGUCAGGCAAUACUGAAAAUCUAAUAAAAAUGUUUUUAGUUGAAAAUAGAAAAAAUUUGUUUGAAUCAGCGAGAAACCAAUUAAAUUUGAUGGAUUCCCUUGUUUAUGGAUUUUAUGAUGAUCGUAUUAACGUAAUUCUGGAACAUAAUAUCAACGAUUAUCAAGGACUUAUCGAUGAAAAAACCAAAACGUAUUUGGAAGAUUUAGUGAAGGAUGUACAGUCCUGUAAUAAUGACGCACGGACGAAAAUCGACGAACAAAGAACAAAAUUGGCCAAUUUGGAAACAAAAUUUAACUCAAAAUCUGAACUUGAUAUGUUCUCUGAAGUGGAGUUCAUCAUUAGAUACGAAGACUUCGAUUCUGAGAACGAAGAUUUAGAAAAACUUUGCGAACAUAUUGAUAAAGUUGUUAGAUCGUUAUCUAUUCCAUUGGAUCUUUUAAAAAGCUGCAUUGAUAAAAGUUCUACGCCUGCAAUCAAACAAAUAUCGGAAGGAAUGCAAAUAGCUAACAUUGUGGUGAUGAUUUUAAUUCAAAAUCGAAUCUGGAUUUCGGCAAAGCCAGACGAGAUAGAAGAUUUGGACAAAAGAUUGAAUAGCGACAUAGAAGGCUAUAAUGUGAGUGCUUUUUUUAAUUUUUAUCAUAUUGAUAGGUAUAUUUUGAAUUUCAAUUGUUUUACCAGUUUCUUCGGUCAAGUCUCGGCCCCAUGGGAAUUACCGAUGCUGAAUGCCAAGUUAGACGCGAUCAUCUCUAUGCAAUUCUUGAAAACUACAUGGUUAGUAUAAGAAAGAUUAAAGAAAAAUAUACUCACGAAAUACGUGAGUGAAAUUAA